AUGGAUGUAACGGGUUUUUCUCAUCAAGUUGGUGGGCAUUUUGGUGUAUUUACAUGUGGCGGACAUGUUUGUAAACCUUUGAAUAAUAAUGAACUUGAGUUUUAUAGUCAGAUUGGCAACCGAUUUGCUCCAUUCACUCCUCAGUGUUGUGGUACAGUAAGUAUUCAGCUCCGCAAUUGCCAAGAUGGAAAUUUGGUAUUAACUACCGAUCGAUGCAUAUCAUGUCAUCAAAACGCAACAGCUAGUGAUAAGCAGCUCAUUUUUCGAUUAAAUCAAAACGGUGAAGUAGAAACAGAACAACAUUUCAAUGAGUGGGCUCAGCGGUGUCAAGCUAGAUCAGUGGAAAUAUUGUUGAAAGGUUACGCAUUGUUUUUGCUCUUAGAAAGUACGGUAUCCUGUUUUUCUCAUCCGUCUGUAGUCGAUCUAAAAAUGGGUACACGGCAGUACGGAGACGAUGCAACGGAUCAAAAACGACAGUCUCAAACUGACAAAUGUCGUGAGUCUACGAGCGCUGCCAUCGGUGUUCGACUUGUCGGGAUGCAGUUGUACAGUGAAGAAACUAACGACUACUCUUACGUGAACAAAUAUGCAGGCAGGCAAAUGAAUCCUGCAGUAUUUACUGAAAUGUUAUCCAAGUUUUUUACAUAUGCUGGGAAAACAAGAAGCUCAGAACUGCUGAAAAAAUUGAUUGUUUUAAGAAAGCUAGUAGCUGAUGCCGAUGGAUACCGAUUUUUUUCCAGUUCUUUACUAAUUGCAUUUGAUGGAAAAAAGGUUGAAGAUCCGACAAUCGACGUGCGAAUGAUCGAUUUCGCGCACUCAACAUGCCCAACCAUGAUGAAUGAAGUAAAAUACAGUGGGCCUGAUGAUGGUUAUUUGUUAGGGCUGGAUUUUCUGAUUCGUUUGCUUACUGAUUAUGUUGAAAAAUUUUCUUGA